AUGACAAACCAGAAGUUUUCGGUGGCAUUUGUUUGCAUGGGCAAUAUCUGCCGUUCUCCAAUGGCCGAAGCUGUUUUCAACAAAACUGUGAGCGAUCUGGGAUACUCAGAUUCUAUCGAUAAGGUUGAUUCAUUUGGAACGCAUGCCUAUCAUUCAGGAGAGGACCCAGACUACAGGACUUUAGAGACGUGCCGCAGGCAUAGUGUUCCAGUGAAGCACCAUGCUCAAUCGAUAUCCGCUAAUGAUUUCAAAGAAUUUGACUAUAUCAUUGGAAUGGACAGAUCCAACAUGGCUGCUCUAGAGAAGAAGCGGCCUCAGGGAUCCAAGGCAAUAGUCAAGAUGUUUGGAGAGUGGAGGACCGAUCCUUCAUAUGGCAAGAUUAUAGAAGAUCCAUACUAUGGUGGCAGUUCUGGGUUUGAAAGAUGCUACAACCAAGUUCGUCACUUUAGUGAAGAGUUCCUAAAGCAAGAGAUUGGUGAAAAAUAG